CUCCUAUCGGUGGUUCAAUGAUAUGUCAAUAGAUUUGUGGUGUCAGUCAGAUUGUUUGAUGUAAGAGUGGUCAACUGUCUUUUCUGAGAAUACUUGGUUCUGGUAUAGCUGUUUUCGAUUAUUUAAAAAUUUUUCAACGCUUCGCCUGACGAUGAAUUUGCCGGUCAUCCUCGUACUCCUUUGCUUCGGAUUUCUAAACGGGACAACAGCUGAAGACAAAAAGGAUUCAGUUAAACUGACAGUGUUCUAUGAGAGCUACUGUCCUUAUUCUAUCGAAUUCAUCGUAAAUCAACUGUACAAAACAUGGAAUGAGUUCAAGGAUAACAUCAGACUAGACUUGGUGCCUUUUGGAAACGCAAAGCAAACAUACGAGAACGACCACUUCGUGUUCACAUGUCAACACGGGCCCAAGGAGUGUGUUGGUAACAUUCUGCACGCGUGCGCCAUCUACCAGGCGUGCGGCAGUCGCGGUACGCUCAAGUGUCCUGUCGAUCAACUGUCCAAAGCGAUCAACUACAUCGACUGUGUUAUGCAACAGAAUGAUCAGCGAACUGCCAGCAACAAGUGUGCAAGGAAAGCCAAUCUGCAGCCAAGUUCCAUAAACAAAUGUGCUAAAGACUCUGUUGGUAACAACUUAGAAAGUGCGUACGGCAAUCAGACCGUCGCUUUCCACAAUCCCAAAGUCACUUAUGUGCCUUUCAUCGUCUUCAACAACAAACACACCGAGGAGGAACAGGAAGCUGCAGAAAAGGACCUUAAAUCUGUUGUUUGUAAAUACAUUCCAGAUAAAUGCUAGUAGGAAAUAAAUGUGUGUUUCAAAAUAUGCACCAGAAGAAACCCAUAGUAAAAAUAUAUAGUUGAACUAUUACACUUAUUUUAGGCAUUGUGUUGUAUUCAGAUAGCUCGAUCUAUCCAGUUUUGUUCAGAGACAAUCAAUGAAUUGAAUCUGUAAUUUGCAUACAAAAACAAGAAGUUUUAAAAUACAGUAAAAUCAUUAACAUUUGUUAGACUCUCCCUAAAUGUUGUAGCAUAAUUACAGAAUACAGAACUGAGAAUUUUAAAUGACAAUUUUUUAAAAUAAAUUGUGAAAUAAAGCUUUGAAACGAAA